AACCUUAAAAUAAAAAGAGCAAUCUUGAGAUAUUCUCUCUGGUUCUUCCCCUCAGAGUCUUCACACUUGACAUUGCUCGAGUUUUCGGCAUUGAGGGUUCUAAAAAAAUCAAGAAGAGAUGGAAAGAUCGGUGACUCCAGAUGCGAUAUCGGCCAUACUAGCAAACCCGUCGCCGGAUUCUGGGUCGGACCUCCCGGAGUUAAUUGUUCAAGUAGUAGAUCUCAAACAAGCUGGGAACCGAUACAUGUUCACAGCUAAUGAUGGGAAGAUGAAGCUUAAGGCAAUUCUACAAUCCAGCUUAUCAUCUGAAGUCAUCUCUGGUUCUAUUCAGAAUCUGGGUCUAGUUCGGAUUCUUGAUUAUACUCUUAAUGACAUCCCAAUGAAGAAUGAAAAGUACCUGAUUGUGACAAAAUGUGAUGCUGUAUCUUCUCCGCUUGAGGCAGAGUACAAGACAGGUGUGAAAACUGAAGAGAAUGGGAUAGUAUUGAGGCCAAAGCAAGAAUUUGUAGCCAAAUCAGCUGCUCAAAUUGUACAUGAACAGAAUGGAAACAUUGUGCCACCUGCCAGACUGGCAAUGACCCGGAGAAUUCAUCCACUUGUUUCCUUGAAUCCUUAUCAAGGAAUCUGGACCAUAAAGGUUCGUGUAACUAGCAAAGGAAACAUGCGGUUUUACAAGAAUGCUAGGGGAGAAGGCUGUGUCUUCAAUGUUGAAUUAGCAGAUCAGGAUGGCACAGAAAUACAGGCCACAAUGUUCAACCAGGCUGCGAGGAAGUUUUAUGACAAGUUUGAAUUGGGGAAGGUUUAUUACAUUUCAAAGGGAACUUUGAGAGUUGCUAACAAGCAGUUCAAGACAGUGCAAAAUGAUUACGAAAUGACCCUGAAUGAGAACUCUGAGGUAGAAGAGGCUAUAAAUGAAGCUGCUUUUGUUCCUGAAACAAAAUUCAAUUUUGUUGCAAUUGAUGAACUGGGUUCAUAUGUAAAUGGUCGGGAGCUAGUUGAUGUUAUUGGCGUGGUUCAAAAUGUAUCUUCUACAAUGAGUAUCAGGAGGAAGAGUAACAAUGAGAUGAUUCCAAAGCGUGACAUAACCAUUGCAGAUGAAACGAAAAAGACUGUUGUGGUGUCUCUUUGGAGUGAUCUAGCCACCAAUGUAGGUCAAGAGCUUCUAGAUAUGGCUGAUAAAUCUCCAGUAGUUGCAAUCAGAUCAGUUAAAGUUGGAGAUUUCCAAGGUUUAUCUUUAUCUGCAAUUACUAGAAGUACUGUACUGGUGAACCCGGAUAUGCCUGAAGCCAAGAAAUUGAGAUCUUGGUAUGAUUGUGAAGGGAAAGAAACCUCAUUGACUUCGGUUGGCUCUGGUUUGAGCUCCUCUGCCAAAGGCGUAUUGUGGUCCAUGUACUCGGAUAGAGUAUCCCUACUUCAUAUAACCAGUAACCCAAACCUGGGUGAGGACAAGCCUGUGUUUUUCAGUAUAAAGGCAAAUAUUAGCUUCAUUAAACCUGAACAAGCGAUGUGGUAUAGAGCGUGUAAAACGUGUAACAAGAAAGUGACUGAGGCCAUUGGAUCUGGGUACUGGUGUGAAGGUUGCCAGAAGAAUGACACAGAUUGUAGCUUGAGAUAUAUAGUUGCCAUGAGGGUGUCUGAUACAAGUGGCGAGGCUUGGCUCUCUGUCUUCAAUGAACAAGCAGAAAAAAUAAUUGGAUGCUCUGCAGAUGAGCUUGACAGGCUGAGAUCUCAGGAUGGAGAUAGUAGUGCUUACCAAAUGAAAUUGAAGGAAGCAACAUGGGUUCCUUAUCUUUUCCGGGUCAGCGUUACCCCUCAAGAGUACAAUAACGAAAAGAGGCAAAGGAUAACAGUCAGAGCGGCGGCUCCAGUUGAUUUUGCAGCUGAAUCCAGAUACUUUCUGGAAGAAAUGGCUAAGAUGAACAUCUGUGUAUAACUGGCUUUUGUAAAUUAAAACAAUCAGAGUAUUUUCUUUCACUAAAUCUAGAUUAUUGGUUCCUUUGCUGAUCA